AACAUCUAGUGAACAGCAUGUGGACAGCUUGAAUUCAUCUGAGCAAACAUCUAGUGAACAGCAUGUGGAAAGCUUGAAUUCAUCUGAGCAAACAUCUAGGGAACAGCAUGUGGACAGCUUGAAUUCAUCUAGCACAUCUGUUGAUCAGCGAAGAGAAAUUUCAGAUUGGUCUUCAUGUUUUAAAUCUGAUGGUAGAGACCUUAUGGGGGAUGGAUUGAUGCAGUCCAAAGUAACAAUGGCCAUGGUGGUCCACAUGAGUGACCAUAAAAGACCAGAUGAACAUCAAUAUGGCAGAGCUGAAGGGAACCUUCUGAUCUACCAAGCAACGAGGGGAGAUAACCUGAACAAUGUAUUGGGAUUCAUUUUGUUUUCUGGUAAGCCCAUUCAAUAAUUUAUUUUAUUAUUAAUUAACAUUUCCGUUGGGUCAAAAUACAGUGCAUCCUCGCUAAGGGGUCGUUCGCACAUUACGUCACGCUCGGAGGGGGGCUAGUGUCAAGAAUUUGUGACAUGUGACGGGGGAGGAGGGGGGGGGCGGGUCUCAAAAAAUUUGUGACAUCACGUUUUUAAAAAUAUUGUAAAAUGUUUUUUUAAAAUAUAAAAUUUUCUAAUUUUGAAAAUCUUUAUUCAAUUAAUUUUAAAAACAUUAAUUUAAGGUCGCUAUUGCCUCAGGUAUUAUAGGUACCAUGAAACUCAGUCGUGCAGACCUUCUGCACACAUCAAAAAAUGAUGCAACAAAUUAUGGCCAUUUACAUUUGGUUUGUGGAUGACUUCUUUUUUUCACAUCACAGUUUUUAAUAAUGCUACAUCUUAAUCCAUUAUGGGAAAUUGUUAAAGAAUAAAAUAAAAUCUUAGUUUGGUUAUGAAAAUUUUAUGUAUAAUUUAAUUCUUUUUUUAGGUGUGAUGUGACCAGGGGGGGUGGGGGGCUAAAAAGGUGGGCGUUUUCGUGACGUAAUUUGCGAACAACCGCUAACACAAUAAUUGAGGCUCUUAAAAUCAGAUUGCGUUAAUAGCAGGUUCGCAUUGAUGAUUUUUUCAUAAUAGCAUUUUGAUUUUUAAUAAUAGAAAAAUAGUUGAUUUUUUUUUUUGAAAACAAAUCUUUCAAUCUAUUGGGGUUAUGAGCUAUGCUGUGUUAAACUUGGGACUAGUUUGGUAGAUUUGUGAUUUUUGUGGUCUGAGGAAUUUUUUUUCUUUUUUUUUUUGUGUACUUAAAAAAAAUAUAUGUGCGAAUGAAUAUAUGAAAAUUUGGAAGCCAUGCAACAACCAAGUUAUAUCUGAAUGCAUGUUCUAGUGGGAUUCCACUUUGCUUGAUAUUUGUUUCCUUAUGCAUUGUAUUAUUUGCAGUGCUUAUUUUUACAUUCAAUUUGAAAGAACUAAAGCAGUUUUAUGCAACUUUUGAAAGAGAAAUUAUUUUUUUUUAAAGGGGUUUGAAAAUUUGUUUGUGGUACCAACAUGAAACAAAGCAGGUCUCUUUAAAGAUGGCACAGAUUUGAUCAGAAAUCAAAAUAUUAUACAAGGAGAUAAGGAAACCACACUGAAUUCAGAAUUAUUUCUCUUAGCUGACAAUAAUUCACUGUCUGUACACUAAUUAAAUUUUUAUUUUAAUAUAUCUCUGACUUUUAUUUUUAAAUUUCAGAUCUUGGUGUCCAUCAUGCUACAUUUCGAGUUAGUAAGGCUUUAACUUUCAGCCACUUGGAAAAUUGCCUCAGCAUUUUAAUGUCAAUGUAUAUCAUUGAGGAAGCUGGCCCAGCCCAUCACAAG